AUGGAUCUUAAGGUAGAGGAAGUCAAUAGAGAAGUGAUCAAGCCUGCUUCUGCUUCAGCCACACCUCACAGUGACCAAAUUCAACUUUCCCUCUUCGACUUCUCAUCUCCACCAGCUUACGUUUCUGCGGUUUUAUUCUACAACAACACCAAUAAUCUCAACUCAGAGAUCAUCUCCCAGAAGCUGAAAACCUCUCUUUCCAACACUCUCUCACGUUUCUAUCCUCUCGCUGGACGAAUAAAAGGCGACUCCAUCAGCUGCAACAAUGAAGGAGCGGUUUUCAUAGAGGCAAGCACUGAUCUCACUCUCUCUGAUUUCCUCAAAACACUAAACACUGACUCUCUAGAGAAAAUAUUUCCAACCACAGCUCCAGGAGAAUCUCCCAGAGCCUGGCCGUUGUUGAGUGUAAAAGUCAGUUUUUUUGGGUCCGGAUCAGGUGUAGCGAUUGCGGUAUGCGUCUCUCACCUGAUCUGCGACGCGGCCUCACUUUUCACUUUUGUCUCGGACUGGGCAGCUACAACCAAAGGGAAGUCUAGUGAUGUGAAAAGUCCUCAAUUUGCAUCGACGACUAUCUACCCUCCUCCUCAUAUUUCUUUUCAGGUCCCGAAUAUGGACGCUCUUACUCAUUUCAGUGAGAAAUGUGUGACAAAGAGGUUUGUCUUUGAAUCAUCUAAGAUACCAGAGCUUAAACGUGUGGCCACUAGCGAAACUGUGGCAUUUCCUUCUCGUGUGGAAGCCAUCACAGCACUUAUAUGGAGAUGUGCCACAAAGGCUUCACCAAGAUCUGACUGGUCAUCAAUGAUGAAUCAAGCCAUUGACUUACGGCUUAGGAUCCCUUCUGAUGUUCUGUCACAAGACGCCAUAGGCAACUUACUAACGUUCUUCUUUCUCAAGAAAGAACCAGGGAGCGAUAUGGAAAUCGAUAAGAUCGUGGCGGAGUUUAGAAAGGCGAAAGAAGGAGUAAACGAGAUGAUAAAAGAGAGUGUUACUACAAGCACACUUACCCAAAACUUGAUGAAAGUGACUGUUGAUUUCAUAUCAGAGUUAAAAACUAAGACAAACUUAUAUGGAGUGACUAGUUGGUGUAACAGGCGUUUUUAUGAGGUUGACUUUGGAAUGGGUGGUCCGGUUUGGGUUGGAACUAGAGCUGCUGUCCCUGAUAGUCAGUUGUAUGUAUUGUUGAUGGAUGCAAAGGAUGGGGAAAGUGUUGAAGCAUUAGUAGGUUUACCCGAACAAGACAUGGCCGUUUUCGAACGUGACCAAGAGUUGCUUGCUUAUGCCACCCUAAAUCCACCCAUCCUCAUCUAA